AUGAUCUUCUCUGCGCUUUUUGUGUCUCUCGCUCUGCUCGUCAGCUCUGUCCUCGGCGCCCCAAACCGUCUCUUGUCCGUCGAGAGAUACGAUGGGGAAACCUCUGGUCGAUACAUUGUCACGUUGAAAGCUGACACUGUCAAGUCGGACCAUCUUUCAUGGGUCAAUGAAGCUGCUGGUGCUGGUGCGAACAUCACCCACGACUGGAACCCAGACUUCGUCAACGGUUAUGCCGCCAACUUGGAUGACAAUGCUUUGAGAACCCUUCGCGCCUCCCCCGACGUCGAGAGUAUCGGCGAAGAUGGCGUCGUGUCCAUCAAGGUGACGGAAACAAAUGCUCCAUGGGGCAUCGCCAGACUAAGCUCGACGUCUGCGAUUAGCGGAUCUGAUACCGCGAACUCGUACACAUACACAUACAACAGCGCAGCUGGCAGUGGAGUUGACAUUUACGUUAUCGGUGAGCCAGCGGCUCUUUCGGACUUCGGCGGCCGUGCUCGGUGGGGGGCUACCUUCGGCGGCUACGCUGAUGCUGAUGGUAAUGGUCAUGGAACUCACGUCUCUGGCACUGCUGCGGGCACUCGUUGGGGCGUCGCUAAAGCGGCAAAUUUAAUUGCAGUGAAAGUGCUUAGUGACUCUGGAUCUGGCUCCGUCUCGGACAUUGUCUCUGGCUUGGAUUGGGUCGCCACGCAAGUCUCAUCUUCAGGCAGACCAUCUAUUGCGACUCUAAGCUUAGGUGGCUCCGCCUCGACCGCACUGGAUAACGCCGUCACUUCGCUCGUCAACCAAGGUAUCCAUGUUACAGUCGCUGCCGGAAAUUCGAAUACGGAUGCCAGUAGCUCCAGCCCUGCACGCGCUACCGCAGUCAACACUAUCGGAGCUACUACGAUUGCCGAUGCUCGCGCCAGCUACUCGAAUUACGGCUCCGUCGUAGACAUCUUCGCGCCAGGAACUGAUGUCACUAGCAGCUGGAUCGGCAGCACCACCGCUACGAACACCAUCUCCGGUACUUCCAUGGCCACUCCACACGUCGCUGGUCUGCUCGCCUACUUGAUCAGCGUCAACGGCAACAGCUCUCCCGCAUCCCUCACUUCCACGCUCAAGGGUUUGGGUCUCAGCGGGGUAUUGACUGGAAUCCCAUCUGGAACUGUAAACCUCCUGGCUCAUAAUGACCAAUGA